AUGAAAAGACAGUUAGAUUCCAAUGAACUCAGUAAUUCAAAUGAGACCGUCCACACAGUGAUAAUGGUGAGUGUUGAGAUGGUUCCAGAUGCAACAAACAGCUUGUGCGGGUACAAAGUAGUGGCCAGUCAGCCAUCAGAUUUGGAAGACUUCUCGAAGCUUUUCAAGGACUUCACUAAGAGACAUUGCAGAUUGAUUAGUGUUAAGGAUUUAACCAAGGCAACAAUGAAAAAACUAACUCAAUGA